CCAGCGUCCUUGUGCUUUGCGCCGCGGCGCAGCGCCAAGGUACAAGGGUUGUUGUCGUUGUCAUCUCAGUCGCGAUUUCCUUGUACUGGCAUCGCGCAGCAGCUGCGUCGCUAAGAUUCGCCCUGCCUACCAAGAUGGCUGCAAGAGUUACGAAGGCACUGCGGGCACUCCAGUCCAUUCAGCACUCUCGUGCACUGUCAACCGAGGCAGCUGCUGCUGCAUCCAAGGUCAACCACUCUGGAUAUUGCUUCGAGCUAUCAGAUGAGCAGAAGGAGUAUCAGAACUUGGCACGGAAAUUUGCACGCGAAGAGAUCCUGCCUAAGGCAGCGCACUAUGACCGCACUGGGGAGUUUCCCUGGGACAUUGUCAAGAAGGCCUUUGAAGUUGGUUUGAUGAACCUUUCCAUUCCUGCAAAGUAUGGUGGCCCCAGUCUAAGCCUCUCCAGCCACUGUCUGGUGACGGAGGAGCUUGCGUAUGGCUGCUCAGGAAUCAAAACCAUUCUUGAAGGAUCGGGCCUCGGGCAAACACCAAUCAUUCUUGCUGGCAAUGAAGAGCAGAAGAAAAAGUAUCUUGGUCGCCUCACGGAGGAACCCUUGCUUGCAGCAUACUGUGUGACUGAGCCCAGUGCUGGCUCUGAUGUGGCCAGCAUUAAAACGCGGGCCGAACGAAAGGGCGACAAGUGGGUCAUCAACGGUCAGAAGAUGUGGAUCACAAAUGGGGGCGUUGCCAACUGGUACUUUGUACUGGCACGUUCCAACCCAGACCCUAAGUGCCCGGCCUCAAAGGCUUUCACUGCAUUCAUCGUGGAGCGGGACACUCCGGGAGUCACACCAGGUCGCAAGGAGUGGAACAUGGGCCAGCGGGCAUCUGACACUCGGGGAGUUACCUUUGAAGACGUCGUCGUUCCUGAAGAGAAUGUUGUCAUGAAAGAAGGUGAUGGCUUCAAGGUGGCCAUGGGGACCUUUGACCGCACCAGGGCACCUGUUGCAGCUGGUGCCACAGGUGUCGCCCAGAGGUGCCUCGACGAAGCGACCAAGUACAGUUUGGAGCGCAAGACUUUCGGUCAGCCUAUCUGCAUGCACCAAGCAGUGCAGUUCAUGCUAGCUGAGAUGGCCAUGGGUGUGGAGGUGUCACGCCUGGCUUGGAUGCGGGCUGCCUUUGAAUCGGACCAGGGCCGCCGCAGCAGUUACUACGCAUCGAUUGCCAAAGCGCUUGCUUCAGAUGUUGCGAACAAGUGCGCUACGGAUGCAGUGCAAAUCUUUGGGGGCAACGGCUUCAACUCUGAAUACCCAGUUGAGAAGCUCAUGCGCGAUGCAAAAAUUUACCAGAUCUAUGAGGGGACGUCCCAGAUCCAGCGACUCAUUAUUGGCCGAGAGCUGCUGGGGAGGUACCAGUGAGCAUGUACCAACGAGGACAACCCUUGUGAUAUAACCUGGCCUAGAUUGUUUGACAGAUGUACGCUUGGAUGCGUGCUUCAUAUUUAAUGUCUAUGGGACCUUGACCCAUCCACAAGCACACUUGUUUCUGAUGAGCUGUGUUCCAGUUUCCAGCAAAUUAUGUGUGUAUUGGUGGAACUUUUAACUUUGGUAUCCUUGAUGUAAAGGAAUAAAAAGGACGUGCCUCA